UCUUCUGUGCGGAAAGAAGUUUUCACAGCAAAACAUCAACAGUUGCUUAAGGCCUAAAAGAUAAAUACGGUCAAUAUAGUAAAGUGAGAACGAACACCUGUGUUUAAGAACGAUAGAGAACAUCUGUGAUUCGUAUAAGAAUGAAUGUAUAUACGAGGGACACGCAGAUUGAGCCGGAUUAUUGGUUUGACGAUUUCGAACGUGGACCGGAAUGGACAAGGAAUGACAAGAAAAAAAGAUCUGAUCCUUUGCCAGACGUAUAUAUUGUUAACGAGGUCGAAAACAAUUCCAACGAAUCGAAUGAGACGCCGAGCGCUGUGAAGUUCGGUUUCCGUUUGUGCUGCACGACAGCAUUGCAUCCGCUGGAUUAUGCCAAAACGCUCAUCCAGCUCGGUUACGAACCGAUAGCGCCUCGGCCGGGUCGAACCCUAUUCGGUGCAAGACGUUUGAUGCUGCCCAAUAUUUUUCAGUACGCGUACCACAUCGGGACCGUCGAUGGGUUCACGGGAUGUUUCCGAGGGCUUAGCGCCAAACUGGUCGGAAAUGUUCUUAGCUCGUACUACGGCGAAAAGCUAGCCGUCGGUAUGGGGCUAGUAGCCACCGAGGAGAAAAAGAAGCACAAAAACGAAGACGAUUUUGCUUGGUUCAUUUCUAAUGUGCACCGUGAUGUCGCAGUGCACUUUGCCGGUGUCGUCAUUUCCCAACCGUUCCACGUUAUUUCUAUUCGAAUGAUGGCCCAGUUCGUAGGCCGGGAGCAACUAUACAGUGGAUUGUGGCAAUCGGUAAAGGAGAUUUGGCAAACGGAGGGCAUUACAGGGUUUUUUUCGGGCAUCGUGCCCCGGUUGGUCGUGGAACUUGGAUGUAUAGCGAUGACCAGCACGAUAACCUACCUGUUCUGUCGAUACAUCGUACAGAAUCGUACGAUCCAGAACAACGUGAAUACGAUUGCCCACUUCACCGUCAGUAGCUGGCUUUAUCCUUACCAUGUCGUGUCGACCUGCAUGGUCGUGAAUGGCUCAAGGUUGAAGGCGGGCAAUCCACCGUUGAUGGAUAAUUUCUUCGGAUGGCGUGAUUGUUACCGUCGCCUGAAGAUGACCAACGACCACAAGCGUGGCGCAUCAUUCUUUUUCCGAACCGUUGGCAGAGCACAACCGGCCAAACUGAACGGUUCCCCAGCCAUCGCUCCAUAUCCAGAGUUCAAGUAAAAGGUACAGUGGUGUAAACUGCCCGCAAAUGAAAAAGCAUAGGGAGAAAAAACGAGGCCUACCUCGUUGGUUUCUACACAAGGGUGAGGGCAACCGGUACCCACAGUCCUUAUGGGCAUUUAUCGAAUAAUGUGAACUGAACUCGUUUUUCAGACCCCAAAACCAGUCGUCUGGUAUCGUAUGUUUUUAUUUUGCUUUUAUGAAGUAGCAUUUCAAGUUGAUAUAUUUAAUCAUCUUCCCCCCCGAACUCAACAGUAAAAUACUUUAUUUGGCGUAGGAGAUAGAUAUGUGCAUGCAAAAAAAUGAGAAUUACUAUUUCACCCCACGGAGUUGCCACAACUGAGGGGAAAUUGUUGAAAAGACAUUGAACAAUCGGAAUUCAUAUAGCUAACUCCACAUUGCAACAGGGAGUAGUGGAACAGAUAAUCGAACAUUAUAAAAAAAGAGUUACAUUUUUCGACAAUGAAUACCUCCAAAAGUAGUAGAUGACAAACCAUCGGAAUAGCACGGAAAUAUAAUUAAAUCAAAACUUACAAAAACAAAAACAAAACCAACUAAAGCAAACUCUCUAUCAUUCCCACCAAGUUUUAUAUUUUUAGCCAUUGGUGAUUGAUCUGUUGAAAAACAUAAUACUGGUGAAAUGGAAACUUAGACUAAGGUACCCCACCGUACGGAAAGGAGCACGAAAAGACCAACGACGAGUGUGAUGAGAGAAUGGUGUGCGAAGAACUGUGAAGCCCCACUGCCCUGGCAGUACAUCCGGUCGCAAUUGCCAUCGGUGAACCGUUGGAAUUUUCGCUCAACGUCGGACCAGUUGCACAGACCGACGUUACACCAGUCCAGCAUGAGUGGCUUUUCGUUCAGGAAGAAUAUAACACGCUC